AAAGCACAAAUCAGUUUUUGUUUUGAAAAUCAAACGAAAUGUUCAAGCAUAAACUUCUGCUCAUUUGCCUGGCAUUGGCUGGCAUUGGUGCUCUGGCCAGUGGCAGUCCUCACGGUGAUGGAGAAGCUCCGCCCGCAGCAAUCGGUGGACUCGGUGCGCCCAGGACAUUGACUGGGGCGGAGCUGGACAGAGCGCAUGCCACGCUGACGUCUUCCCUGAACACUUUGGCCGCUGGCGAGGGACCCAGCUAUCGAGUCUCGAAAAUAAUGUCAGCCACCGUACAGGUGGUCGCCGGCUCUCUGAAUUCAUACAUUGUGGAGCUAAUUGAACCGAAUGGCGCCACCAAAGUAUGCGAGGUGAGGAUCUGGUCCAGACACUGGCUCCCCAACGGCAUUCAGAUCACCUUCAACUGCCCCAACGAGCCGGAGGUGGUUAAGACACACAAUGCCCGACUACGCAUUUGAAUGUAAUAAAGUUUUGACAUUUUAUUUGAAACGA